CUUCAAACAAAUAUCUGAACUUUAAACCACAUUGAAUAUAAUUUUGAAGAAAGGGUGUCGAGUUUUAAUUUAAGGACAGAAUUUAGGCCUAAAGAUGUCAGUAGCAUUGCACAGCCAAACAAAACUUCUGCCUUAUACACUGUGUGCACAAUUAUUAGGCAAGUUGUAUUUUUAAUUUUAAGAAUUUUAUGACAGAACAAAUGCAGUACUAAAAUGUACAUUUUCAGACUACUUAACUCUCCUGCCUCACUUAGAAGAAGCGUGGCUGAUGUCACAAUCGGGAAGCGGGGAAGGUAUCCCGUCAGACCAUCAGUUCCCAAAACUGUGCCAACCCCCCCACUCCUCCACCCUUUUUUCUUUUUUUUAAGUUCAUGCGGGGUCAUUGUGACACCGCUGGACUGCACAGACGGUAAAAAAUUUGUGGGACGGUUAAGAAAGUGGUGUUACAGCGUUCUUGGGACAUAUUUGUGUGUCCACAAUUAUUGGGCAAACACUGUGCAGCAACAUCAUGCAUCUAAGUGAAACAUUUCUCAAGAAAACAUUUAUGACAAUAAAAAAUGACUAACAUAGCAACCCUUUUUAAAUAACUGUCACAACCUUUCCAUUCACAGAAUCUGUUGGUUUCUUGAUCUGCUGAUGGUAAACCUUUGGUGCAGCGGCAACCACAGACUCUAAAGCCUCUUGUCCGUUGUCAAGUCUCACUCUAGCUGGGUCGGUUCUAGCAAAGUUGUGCGCGUCUCCGUCAGUGGUAUAUUCCUCACUAUUACGGACACAGAGCGCGCAGGAGCUGUGGUCGACGCUAAAAUGACGUCAUUUCCAAUGACUCAGCAGUGGAUAACCUUGAAUUUCUGGUUUUGAUGGACUCGGCUUUUUGGACGUAGGUAAUGCUGUCAAAAGAUGUACACCAAUAUUCACACAUGAACCUUACUGAGAGAAAAGGCAUGUUGUGCACUCCACAGAAAAAAAUCCAAACAAAGAAUAAUAGUCAAGUCAUGACAAACUAGUGUUAUGUUGUUGCGGUGUUUCACACCAGCUGGCAUAAAACUGUAAGUAGUCCUGACAGAACGUGGAGCAGACCGUUGUUUGCGUCUUCAUUGCAUGCCUGUUCUAAGGAGAGAUGUGCUGCUUGCAGGGUUGUGAGAUCUUGCACGCAAUACAGCGAGGGGUGGCCUGUACCACCCCUGAGGUGGUUAUGAAAAACAGGGAGGACGCACGCAAGAUCUGUAAGUGGAGAUGGCUGGGGUGGACUGUGGAAGAAUCGGUUUAAGAACGGGCUUAAAAUGGUCGACUGUUUUCCUUCACCGAAAAGCUCGCGUCCAAGAAGGACCCACAGAUUCUCAAUAGGGUUUAGAUCAUGUCAAGAGCUCGCUUAUGUUGUGAUUUCUACUCGAAGGACUUAACUGGCUUGCCACAUUCUUGAAUGCAUGUGAUGAAGCUCUGUUUUCUCAUAAAAAUCAUGCUUUUCCUGAAAGAUGGAGACUUUCCUGCCCUAUGGAUGGAGGAAUGUCUUCUAAAAACAAUUUGUAGAUUUUGGAAUCAAUUUAAGACUCCAUUUUCAACCUGAGAAAGGUCAAAGUAGCUCAUCUUUAAUAACAGCUGUACAGGUGCUCUAUUCCACCUUGCUUGUGUCUGGGUUGAAGCGAAGCUCUGCUCCAGUUACUGAUCCAGCCAUGGUCUCGUCCAUAGGGACCGUCAAGGGUCAAUCUGAUCACAUCAGCUCAUAAAAUCUGUGAAAAACACAUAUUUCUUCAGUGGUGGUCGGGUUUCAGCUUUUGUUACCUUGGCUUUGUAUCUGUACUCCAGUUAGGUUACACAUUUGGACUACGAAGACACAGAAUCAGCUACCAGGGAUUCUGGUAUCUGAUUAUCCUAAACUCUUUGGCAGUUAAUUUGUGUUUGCUUUCCUCUUUUUCUCAGUAAGUUUCUCACGACAUCGUUGUAGCAGAAUAUUUUAUCCCCCAAGCCUGUUUUGCAAAUUGUUUUAUAAUUCAAAGUAAAUUUUUUUGGCCCGUUUUCCCUGAAGAAUAAAAGCUGCCCAAUAUUUAAGCACACUGUGAUAUACACAGUUUUCCUUAGGCCACAUCUCCUCUUAUUACAAAAGAGACGAACCUGUACACAUGAAAAAUUUUGCUCAUUUGCCUAAUACUUGCGCACACAAUGUUUAUUUCACUAGAUUCACCAGAACUCAUGGUAAGCAACCAAAACUGCAACUUUGCAGCAGAUUCAAUCAAGUCCUGCACUCAGUCUGCUUUCAAAUCAACACUGAUGCUACGAAUCGGUUUUCAGUUGAUUUUCAGCACCAUAAAGCAACUUUUUAUUUUUAUUUAUGAGGCACAAACCGGUUUCACAAGCCUCUUUCAAAAACACGAGCCACGUCUUUUCUUCUUCGGUCAGUUUGUCCUGAAUGACCGAAGGUGAUCUCAUUCCAACAAUAUGAUUAAACUUUUACAAUGUGAUGCAUAUUUCAGAUGCAAGGCCCUAAAUUAACCGUUCUUUGGCUUAGAGCCAAAGAACGGUUGCUUGUGAAGUAAAAUCAAUCAGAUGCAUCUCAUUGAGAAUAUUUUGAACUGUAUGAUGGAAAAUUGUAACCACUCAUAAGUUUUUCUCGUUAAUUUUCUAAUCAACCUAAUACUGUCACCACUAAAGACCAAGCUUACUAGAAGAAGGUGAAUCACCUUAAAGUUAAUUAGAGAAGACAUAUUUUCUAGUUGCAGAAAUAGUUUGGCAUGUUUCUGCAAUUGUAAAUUUUUUCUGGUAUAUUACUUAAUUUUAAGUUUUAAAAAUGUCAGUCUUAUGAUUGCAGUAACCACUGCAACUGAUGUUUUUCUUUUACUUCAGUGACAGUUACCCCCACAGGACUUUCUUUCCUCCAUCGACUUUCUGUCAAACGCUCCCUUUAGCAUCUGUGCAAGUCCCCUAAUUUGUUCCCUGUGUGUUAAUACAGGCAACUUGAUUUUUAAUCUCAAAAAAGGAACCCCCCUCCCCCACUCGUUUCUCUCAAGAACCAUAUUUUCAUGAAAUAUUUUGCAUAUUUUAAAGGUACUGUGGACUCAGAGCUUUGGUUUAUGGACUGCAUAGCGAGAGAGUGCACAACAUUUUGCAAUCCGGCCUCAUCUGGUCAUGAGGCACAAAGAUAAGUGAGGAGCUUAAAGAAAAGGAUGCAAUAUUAAACAUUUAUUUGUCAGUCAAAGCCUGAAAUCGGAUGGUGGUGUAAGGAUUUUACGGUCGCACCUUUUAGGUGUGUUGGUUAAACACAGAAAAUAUAGCAACAGCUGAUGGAACUUAAGCUGUAACGUCCCUGAAAAUAAAUGGACUCGCACUCUGUUGCUCUUCCGGGAUUACACGACUAGAUGGAAAUUGGAAAAUAUUACUGCAGAGCAACUUGUCUGUUUUUUUGUCUACAUUUACCUGAAGUAAGCCCUUGCAAUAACAGCUCAGAGGGGAAAGUCUGUACUUCGUCUUUGUUGCUCAUUCCUACAUGGUCCUAGGCUCGAAGCCUGAACUACCGUAUUUGACCUCUGGUGAUGUGGAGAAGCAGAUGGGAGAUGAACAAGCUCCCUGCCGCAUCUUCAAAGCUGAGCCCUGCCACCUCAAAGUCUGAGGGAAGGCUGUCAGAGAACAUAUCAUGCCAAAGUUUAAGGACAUUUCACAUUACCUGGAGUACCUGAAUCUCGAUGAACCCAUCAUUGGUUUGAAUUUUUUGGAAGAAGUGGCCAAUUUUGAGCCACAGUUGGGUGCCAGAUACACCUGCAAGUUAUGCAGUCAAACAUCCAACCUUGCAGAAAUGGUCUGCCACGUGAUUGGCCGUAAACACCGGCAAAAAUAUGUGGAGUUAAAACGGCCAGACUUGGUUACCUGGGACAGUGACACCAUAAAUACCCAAGGAGGGAAGAUAAUGCGAGCCAAAGCAGAGAUAGUUGAAAGACAAAAUGGACGAGGAAUUCCAGAAUCUUUGUUGAGAAAGGGAGUUGAAGGAAGACUCAACAUCACAAGAGUUCCAAAUUACAGGCAAAGAUUGGUACCUGAUGUCCCUCCCCUUUUACCUGAAUUGCGGGAGUAUCCCGAAAAGAAGGAUUUUUCUGGGAUCUAUCCAGACCAUCUCAGCCGUGGUCGCUUUGACGAGGGACAGAGAGGAGCGGAUUAUGUGGAAGGACCAAGUUACCGAGAGGCUUCAACGAACCUUGAUUGCUACACCAGGCCACUGCUGGAAUAUGCCGAUGAUCCACUACAGUCAACAGACGUUUCCAGGUUCGAUCACAGGCCGCCUGUGCCGCAGUCGCUGGAUUAUCUACCUGAGGCUUCUGCUCAUAAAAGACCCUACCCAGAACGAGACCCUCUGGAGGAGUUCUACUCUGAGGAAAUUCGCCGUGGUCAAGUUCGGUCUCAAGGAUACCAGCCCUCUCCGAAGAUGAUGUAUGGAGAAGAUGAAAAGCUGCGAAGGUCUCUGGAGCGGGAUCCUGGUAGACUCGACAAUAUGAGAAGACAUGGGUCAAGUGAACCAGAGGCAAAGAGGAGAAACCUGUCUGCUCCUUUCGAAGGUGAUCGCUCACGCGAGUCUUCGUUUGACAUAGUUAAAAAUUAUCAUGAAAGGAAAGACUCGUAUCAAAAGGAGGCGCUUAAGAGGGGAAGACCCACUUCAGCUCAGGCACACGAAGAAGGUCCCAUGUCUAACAUACCAGAGCCGUUCAGGCGCUUCCUAAAAGGUAAUAGAGCCGAGAAAGGUAUGAGCAGGCGAAAAAGCCGCUUUUCUGAUGCCACACCAGAAGAAGUAAAGAUGGCAAAGGAGAUGUACAGAGAUGAUUAUGGACUUCCACACACUCAAACUGGUGCAGCUGUUCGACCAGUUGAUGUACCAAUGAGGCCGGACAUCCACUACGGAGAACCGCAGCCUAAACAUCAUGGAGCAGGGGAAGGCUACAGUAGAAGAGGCUUUGACGUGACGAGCAUCUUUGACCUUCUGAAAAAUGUUGAAAUUGAUAAUGCGGAAGAGGCCAACUUCUUGAAGAGCAGAAUUUCCAAACUUUUGGAAGAAUUUAAGAGCAAAAAGAUGGAGAAAGCUGGGUUUAACCACGGUCGAGCUGAAGUCUCCAAAAAUUACAGCGACCUAAACCCUAACCCACAGCUUCCUCAUGUAUACCAGUUUGAUAGACCCACAAGAGAGGAGUCUGACCUCAGACGAUCUGAAGAGCUCGGUUUCAACAAUGGUAACAGACUUGAUUGGGAGCAGCGUGGUCAGCCACCUGCGCAGCGGUUCCAUGAAUACAACCACGGGGAACCCAGACACUCCAGCAGAAGUCGCUUUGAAGAUAACCAGCCUCAAUAUCCUGAGUCCAUGCGUUCUCAUGAGUACAAAGCUCCUUCUGAGAACUAUUUUAACCCUCACUCCUCUGCACCUCCGCUCCAAAUGGAACAAGACAGCAGGAUGCAUCGUGAUCCUCGCUACUCUUCAAAUAUGGAUAAAAUCACAUGUGCCCUCAUGGAUCUUGUCGCAAGAAAAUAGCCUAAAAUGUUUGAAGACAAUACUAAAAAGUAAAAUCUGAUUUGUUUUUUUUGUGUGUGUGUGUGAGCUUUAGAUAGCAAAGUUUCGUUCUUGAAAUGUUAGAAUCUGUUCUUUCUGUGUAAGCAAUAAAGAGUUUAUUUGUUACUGUACUUAUUUUUUCUUUCAUUUACAUGAGAAAAUGUAAUGACUGAAUUACCGUUAUCCAUUUAAUGUUUAGUGCAAGUUUUAAUUGGUUUAAAACUCAGUAUUCAGAUUUUACGUUGAGAUCAACCACGUCUCAUUUUUGUGUGGAUUUGCAAAGGACUUUUGUUUUUUAUUCCACAUCUAUGAAGCAAUUCCAUGUGUAGGUUGAAAUAAUUUUACAUAAUUUUUCAAUAAAAUAUUUUUUUUUCUUUUA